AUGACACGCCGGCCUGAACGCAAGCUUAGAUCGACAUCACCCUCGAACACCAGUAGCGAUGGACUCUUUGACUUUGACAACGACGAAAACGGUAUUCCAGCGAGCGGACGACUCACGGUGGUGUCUCGCCUUACUGGCGAAACAGAAAAGGUACAUGAUUGGGUCAAUAGCGAUGAGGUAGAACGCAAGAAGCAGGAAUUGCAGAAGAUGGAAGAAUUGGUGAUGGAAAAGCAUCCGUUGGAAGAGGAUGAUGAGGUUGACGAAAGCGAGGGAAAGUGGCCAAACGGUGAUAUAGAAGGUGUUCUAGCAGAUCCACUCUCAGAUGAACUGUACACCUCGUACCACCGGAAAAUGCAGAGACAGGAAGUUCGGAUGGUCAACCAGGACAAAGUUCAAAGUGAAACGGAGGCAGAACGGCUGAGAGGCAUUCUGGAAGGUCUUGAGUCGCAAAACUGGCUCAAAACCCUGUUGCAUACGACCAAGAUUCGCAAUUCUGGAGAUUUCGAGGAAAUUUCCUGCAAACGAAGGCUAACACAGGAUGCCAUCAACAACAUGUUGGCCAAUUUUAGCGACUUCAAAAAUCGAGUAACUUUUAUGGGGCGUAACGGUAGGUUAGGAAAUGCGAAAAACACAUAUGCACGUUCUCGUACUUCUACGGAGCUCCCCAAUGCCCGUAUUAACCAUUAUAGACGACCACCGUUCGGGUACGGUGACACCAAUCUCUGUUCGGAUGACGAAGAAGAAUCAAUGACCAUUGCAGAAAUAAAGGCCCACAGAAAGCGCUUGAAAGAGAAGAAAUUUGGUGGGUCAGUGGUAAUUCAACUCCGCAAAAGUGCUUCCAGUCACUAUAAUUUCGCUAUAAUCGCAGAGCCUCUACAAUCUGCUUACAUCGUUAAAUGCACCAAAGCCGAAAAAGAGGUGUGGUCGCGAAAGUCGGAGUCGCUGCCCAUUCAAUUCGAAUCUUGUGAGCAAUUUCCAACACAGACAUACACGUCAAGGCGCAUUCACAGUCCGCCUCAUGCCGAUUACAACGGAAACGACGUCGACAAAAGUCCCGAAAAAAGGACCUUCGAUGAGAUAAAAGGACCCACAGUCGUGUCUCUUAAUUCCCCAAAACAAGUCAAAAAGACUCGUAAACAAAAAACACAAUCUUGA